UCAGUGCUUAAACACAGGAGAAAACUGUUAGGACACCACGUGGUGUUUAAGACACUGUUGUGAGAAUUGAAACAUGUUACAUCAGAAUUUGAAGCAAAGACUGUUCCAUGAAGAGUCACAAAGGAAUUGUCAAACCCUGUUUAUUACACUAGAUAUGUAAUAAUAGUAAAAAGUAAGGUCAGAGCGCAGAAGAAUUAGAUCACUAAAGCAAAGGGUAGCAAUGCUUGUCAGUAGGCCCUAGUGAAUGGUUAAGUAAGGUAGAGAGAGAAGAAGAAAUUGCUUCCUGGAACAGCUGAUGCCAUUGGUGGAGUGUUACCAAGAGGUGGAACAGCAUGUUUGGAAGUAUAAGAAGCCAUAAAAUAACACAAAGGCAAAUGUCAAGUAAUAAAGAACACAGUAAAAGCUGAGCUAUUUAACCAUGAAUUCAAGAGAAUUGUGGGUGUGGCUGGGAAAGUCCAGGGGAGUAGUGGUACAGGAACAAUGGAGGAAUGCUGUCAAAGGGUCCACAUUUAAUAACAGAGAAGUAUAUAUUACCAUAGGAGCAAGGGAGUAAACAAGCAGGAGAGGACAGAAUAGAGAAAUUCAAAAACUCAUGGGUUUCACCAUUGUGCCUUAUCAAAGAUCCCUAUUUAACUUUAAAAUCUCAUUCUUCCUAAAACGUUUCUGCUUAUGCAGGUUGUUCAACUUCUGUACAAAUAAGUGAGAUGCCAGAUAAUGGAAAGAAGUGGUAGAAAGACCAAGGGACAAUAUCAAAAAUUACAGGGCAUUUCAUCUUACUUGUAUUGUAAGUAAAAUAUUUAAAGGGAUGAUUGAUAAAUAUAUUAGAGAAUCUUUGCAGAAAGUGAGGUGAUGGUGUAGAAGCCAUCAUGGAUUCAGAGCAAGGUUUUCAUGACUCUAACAGCUAGCUAGUUUUCAGCAGGGUAUAUCAGAUUGGCAGGAGAAGGCAGUUGAUUGUAUAGCCAUUUAUCUUUCCGAAGUAUUUUAGAAUGAAUCUCGUCGUACAGCCAACAAAACUGCAAGGGAUGGGUCCUAAUGAAACCAUAUUAUGUUGGUGCCCAGAAGUCUAUGACAGAACAUAAAUUGUGAGUAUGAGAGACUUCACAUCAAAUUUAACAAUAAUAGAGUUGUGCCACAAAGCUAUAAAUUAGGGCCAUUGCUGUGUGUGGUUCAUGUGAAUGAUUCAGGGGAAGUGAUAAAGUCAAAAUUGAAACUGUUUGCUACGAAGAAGUAAAAGAAGAAGAGGAAGAAGAAGAAGAAGAGAGAAGGAAAAAUAAUAAUGUGGGAGGCUAUGAGAUUCUACAGGAUGAUUUAGAAGUCAUCAGAAACUUGCCCAAAGAAGUGAAAUGUUGGUAAAUCUAAAGAAGAGUAAAGUUAUCACCUUCUCAGAUAGCACUUGUGCUAUAAGACAAGACUACAAGCUAUGACCUGACAGCAUUACAAUAGGACAACAAAACUGAUAUGUGGAUGUGACACUGAGUGCUGAGAAAUUAAAUUAGGGGGCGCACACAGGUCAGACAGUAAAGAAAAAUCUAUGUAGAAGAUAUCCUUAGUCCAUUUACAGAAAGUGUCAUCAGAUUUAAAUACAUGGGCCAAUAAUGGCAAAGCAUCAAGAUUAUGGUCAGUUGGACAAGGGGCUCAGUGUAUCAAAGAGAGACUUGGAACGUCUCUUUGAAAAAUAUGGGCGUCUCAAGGAAGUCUGGUUGGCCAAAGCUCCACCUUGCUUUGGUUUUGUAGUUUACCAUGAGAAAGAUGAUGCCGAAGAUGCUGUCAAAGCUACAAAUGGAAUAACACUUCAUGGCAGUCGUAUUAGAGUCACCUUCGCUCGGCCAAGGACUCGUGGGAAAGGUCGCAGGGGAUUUGAUCCCAAUAUGCGCUGCUAUCAGUGUGGAGAUAAGGGACAUUUCUCCAGGGAUUGCCCCGACACUCCAUAUGGAUAUAAACGCCCACCAUCCAGGUCACCACAGCCUAGGAGGAGACCACCACCGUAUCGAUCAUCGGGUGGUACACGAUACAGUAGGAGGAGGCGAUAUUGAUUGCUGUUGCUGUUAAGAACCAAGGGACAUUAUUCUCUUGUUACCAAAGUAAAUAAUUUAGUUAUUAUAUACAAUAACAUUAAUAAAAUAAAAUUUCAUCUUCACUGUAAUGAGAUACUGUGAAUUACUUGGGUAUUUAGGCACUGUAAGCAUUAAUGCAUUGUCAGUGCUUGGUUACUUAAGUAUUUCAUGGCGUAACUGGAGAAAUCGGAUACAUUGUGUAUUGGAUGUGAACGAUGCAUAUUUGAGUACAUAUACAAAUUGGUACAAAAAAUACAUUAGUUUGAAUUGUUCAUGUUUCUGAUGUCUGACUUAUGUGAUAAUAAAACUGAUGAAUUUACUUUUAA